AUGGCGGCGUGGGCUCUGGCUGGGGCCCUGGUCCUGGCGUUCUGGGGUUGGGCACUGGAUCCGGCGGCGGCCGUGGACGCCAUGGGUCCCCAUACAGCCGUCCGUUUGGCCGAGCUGCUGACCCCAGAAGAGUGCGACCAUUUCUGGUCGCUCCUGGAGGCUCCUGAACCCGACGUCGAGGCCGAGCUGGCCCGGCUUUCUGAGGACCAGAUGGCGCGGCCGGAGCCACAGGAGCCUAUGUCGGGGUCGCCCGGCCGGCGGUGGCGGCGGCGGCGGGAAGUUGCGGAGGACCCGGCGGGCCGGUCGACCGAGCUCGGGGAGGUCUCCGACGGCUGCCGGGAGGCGCUGGCGACCUGGCUGGCUGCCGAGGCCCCGGCGCUGCCUUGGGACCGCGUGGCCCGGGCCCUGCGACGCAGCGGCCGCCCCGACGUGGCCCGGGAGCUGGGCAAGAACCUCCAUCAGCAGGCGACACUGCAGCUGCGCAAGUUCGGGCCGCGCUACCUGCCGCGGUCCGGCGCCAUCGCGCCCGCCGCGCCUCCCGCGCCCGCCGCGCCCCCCGUACCCCCGGCCCCGCGCCCCCGGCGCGCCUCGGCCCCCGCGCCCGACUGGGACGAGCUAGAGCUGAUCGUGGAGCGCCUGCCCCAGCCCCCGUACGAGCGGAGCCCCGUGGGCUGGGCCGGGCCGCUGGCGCUCGGCCUCCUCACCGGUUUCGUGGGGGCGAUGGGCACCGGGGCGCUGCUCAUCCCGCUCACGCUGUGGAUCGCGGGCGGCGAUGGCGACCCGGCGCGGUCCGGCGGCCCCGGCACGCCCGCCACUCCCAGGCUCAGGCCCGCCGAGGCGCACGGCUGGCGGGAAACAAUGCCGCUCUUGACUAAGGAACAGCUCGCGUCCCGGGAGGCCUGGGCCCACUCGGCCUGGGCUGCAGCUGGGCCAGAUUCUCCCUCGCCCCAGUGCCCUCAGCUGUAA